GUGAGAAGAGUAGCGCUUUGUUUCCUUUGAGUGCUAUUCGCCUGUCAUGCUCCGACCAACACGUGUGUCACGGCUGGUCACCAGCACCAUCGCCAUGGUGCCCUCCUGCUGGACCAGCAAACCGGCGGGGUGGUAUCUCAUCCCAAGCAACACCGUGCCCGAAACGGAAGAGCUGCGUGUUGGCAAGCGCUUCGACUUCCUGAAUCACAGUGCGCAGUAUCUCUUCCUUGGCCAGGUCAUGGCGCUGGCGGAGGAGGUGAAGUGCAUUCCACGGCUCGAGUGGUUCUUCACGGAGCUUUCUUUUCUGCUGCCCCCGACCAAGGAGGCGGAGCUGCUGGCGAAUUACAUGAAUGACCAGGAGCGGCUGCGGUGUGGUCUGCGCAACCACUCCGAGGGCGGUACGAGUUCGUCCGACAUUGUUUGGAGCAACGAGCUCAAGGAGCGCGUGCACUCACGCGCCGAAGACGACUUCUGCUGGUUGCUCACGAAGAAUCAGCGCAAAACGGAGAAGUUCCUGCAGGAGACGUUCAUACAGUGGCACCACCGCGCCGACUACCUCGUCACGCGCAAGAGUCGCGAGAAGCGCGAGUUCCGUCAGGACCUGACGCUGAGCAAAGUGAUUCAGCAAGGACAGGAGCGGAAGCGGCGCAUGCAGCAGCGUCGCACCCGCGAUGUGCAGCGGCAGCAGGCGGUGGAGGCAGGGAAGGAAUCGGAGUGGGACAACUUCACGCACGACGUGCUGCCGCGUGAGUUGCGCGAGGCGCUCGACCGCGAGAGCGAUGGUAUGGAAGAUGUUCGCCUCUCGCGAGCGGGGACGGCGACGGGGGGGUGGCGCCGCAGCAUGCGCUCACACCCCAACUUCCGCUAA